AUGCUCGUCUCAAUCGAAACCCUUCCAUUCCUGGCAGGAGGUUUACUCCUCGCCUAUUUUCUGGUCCCAUACCUCCAGCGAUCCCGUCUGCGUGACAUCCCAUCACCAAGCUUCGCCGCAUUUAGCAACUUAUGGCUCCUGCUGCAAGCUCGCCAGGGAAAGCGUUUUCUCUCCGUCGACGCAGCUCAUAAGAAAUACGGCAAGCUAGUGCGCAUCGCACCCAAGCAUGUCUCCGUUGCAGACGAUGAAGCCAUCACAGCAAUCUACGGCCACGGAAACGGAUUCUUAAAGGCCGACUUCUACGAUGCCUUUGUCUCCAUCCGCCGUGGCCUCUUCAACACCCGAGACCGUAUUGAACACACCCGCAAACGCAAGACAGUCUCACACACCUUCAGCGCCAAAUCGAUCGGCCAAUUUGAACAAUACAUCCACCACAAUAUCGAAACCUUCGUUAACCAGUGGACUCGCCUCGCAAAACUCCAAGGCAACCCCAAAACAGGCUACGCCUCCCUCGACGCCCUCAACUGGUUCAACUACCUUGCCUUCGAUAUUAUUGGUGAUUUGGCCUUCGGUGCCCCGUUCGGAAUGCUAGAGAAGGGUAAGGACUUCGCUGAAGUCCGUAAAAGCCCCAACGAACCACCCAAAUACGUCGCUGCUAUUGAGGUCCUCAACCGUCGUGGUGAAGUCUCUGCUACCUUAGGCUGUAUGCCAUCCAUCAUCCCAUUCGCCAAGUAUAUCCCGGACAAGUUCUUUACAGAGGGUAUGCAGGCCGUCGAGAAUCUUGCUGGUAUCGCUAUUGCCCGAGUCUCCGAGCGAGUCAAGCCUGAAGUCAUGGCCGCGAACACUCGUGUUGAUCUUCUUGCACGGUUGAUGGAGGGUAAAGAUCACACCGGGAACCUGCUUGGCCGCGAGGAACUGACUGCUGAGGCAUUGACGCAGCUUAUUGCUGGCUCUGAUACAACAUCAAACACUGCCUGUGCUAUUCUCUACUGGUGCCUUCGUACCCCUGGCGUUAUUUCCAAGCUGCAAAAGACCCUUGACGAGGCUCUUCCCAAGGAUAUUGAAGUUCCCACACACUCCAUGGUGAAGGAUAUUCCGUAUCUGCAGUGGGUUAUUUGGGAGACUAUGCGUAUCCACAGUACCUCUGCCAUGGGAUUGCCAAGAGAGAUUCCGGCCGGUGCGGACCCAGUCACUAUUGCAGGACAUGUCUUUGGACCUGGUGACGUACUCAGUGUCCCGAGCUAUACUAUUCAUCGCAGCAAGACGAUCUGGGGACCUGACGCGGAGCAGUUUGUACCCGAGCGCUGGAGCCCGGAGCGCCUCACGGCACGUCAAAAGGCGGCGUUUAUUCCAUUCAGCCAUGGGCCUCGCGCAUGUGUUGGACGUAACGUUGCAGAGAUGGAGCUACUCGUUAUGGGAGCUACUGUUUUCAGACUGUUUGAAUUCCAACUUGAGCAGGACUUCCCCAUGGAGACUCGUGAGGGUUUCUUGAGAAAGCCUUUGGCCUUGCAGGUUGGUAUGAGACGGAGGAUUGCAGUUUAG